AUGAGCAUCAGUGCGUCAUAUCCACCGGCUUUCCGGCGUGCGAUCAACAACGGAGACCAGACGGAGAUCGAACCGGCUCUUGAUCAGGACAAGGAUAUUCAUAUCCUCGUUCUCGAUUUGGAGCGGUUGGACGAGCAGAUACUAACCGAGGCAUGCAAGGAGUCGGGGAUUUUCCGUCUGGAGAAUCACGGAGUACCGUUGGAGUUGACGUCACAGCUUCAGGAGAUUUCGGAAUCGUUGCUGAGUCUAUCGUUUGAGGAAAAACAGGAGUUGUUCGCCGCCGUUAACUCUCCGUUAUCAUAUUUCUGGGGAACACCUGCUCUAAACCGUUCGGGAGAUGCAUUCAAGAGAGGAACUCAAGCUUCAAACGUGAACAUGGUCGAAGGUUUCAACGUCCCUCUCUCUUCUCUCUCGAAGCUUCCAGUUUCUACUUGCGACGAUGGUGCUCAACAUUCAAAACUAGAGCCUUUCAGGUAA